UUUACUUCCUACUUCCGGUCGAGCCCGGCUACAGUGUGGAUUGGCGAAUGUUCCAUCCAAGUACGAUCGUGAUUGGCUGGGAGUGCUGCCAUUCAAAUCAUCAGCCAAUCGCUGGCCUCCACAAGUGCUCUCGGAUACGCGUUCACACCUGGGGGGACUUUUUUUACGCAGUUUGGCAAAGCAUGGAGUUCCUGUUAUAGGAAUGGUUUUGUAAGUGAUAUUCCCUGGAGAAAAGUUUGGAUUUUACCUCAAAAAUAGUUUACAAAGAUACAAAAAUACAAAGUGAAAGAAAUUACUUUUAAAUUGAUUCAUAGAUUUUAUCCAGAUAAGUGCUCUCUCUCUCUCUCUCUCUCAAAAGAAUUAAGAAUAAUAUUAAGAAUGAUUUUUUUUUUUUUUUGGAAAAACCUGAAACCUUUAUUUUUGCAUUUAUUUUGGAAUUGUUCAAACAUUUUGUGAAUUUUUGGUGUGACAUUCUUGACGUUGGACUCCUGAUCGGAAGGUUGAGAGUUGAAAUCCCAGCACUGCCAAGCUGCCACUGCUGGGCCCCUGAGCAAGGCCCUCAACCCUCAACUGCACAGAUGAUGUUUAAGGAUUGGUGACGAUCUCCAGGAUGAAACACUCUCAGUCAUCGUGAGUGUUGUUCGAGCUGUGAACUCGCUGUGUGACUCAGUUAAAGAGACGUUCAGGGAAAGCGGUGGAGAAGCCGUACGAGGCCCAGGGGACUUGGAAAAUUCGAAACACAUCAAAUCCUGUGAGCCAAAAAAAAAAAAAAAAAAAGGGCACAUAUUGACAUUUUGGCACAGUGAAAACCUACUCUGGUAGAUUAGCAAAGGACUGCCAGACUCAGUAAAGAGGUGAUUAAAAGCUGCAUCAGUUCUCAUCGGAGUAUUUAACAUGAAUCUGGAAGAUGGACAGCCUUAUACCUGGUCUCAAUCAGGUCCUUGAGAAGCCGGACACCACAUGUCAUAUCUCUUAAAGGAACACUCCAGGUGAACAUGGCGUACCAUGCGCCGUUUUUCCCUCUGCUGGGGUGUGGGAGGCCUCUGAUGGAGCAGAUCACCGGGAGCAGCAUCAUCAUCUCCAGCCCUUCAUCUUCAUCAUCAUCUAUUCAUCAUCACCUCCAGCAUGUGGAGAAAGAAGAAGAGGAGGAGGACGAGGAGGAGGAGGAGGAGGAGGAAGAGCCGGUGGUGCACCUGGAGGGCAUGGAGCUGUGGAGGCAGUUCCACCGGAUCGGCACUGAAAUGGUCAUCACAAAGUCGGGGAGGCGGAUGUUUCCUCCGUUGCGUGUGCGCUGCAGUGGUUUGGACCGGAGAGCGAGCUACGUGCUGCUGAUGGACAUGGUGUCGUCCGACGGCUGCAGGUACAAGUUUCAUCACUCGCGCUGGACGGUGGCAGGAAAAGCCGACCCGGAGCUUCCCAAGCGUAUGUACGUUCACCCGGACAGCCCGGCCUCCGGGGAACACUGGAUGUCCCGAGUGGUGACGUUUCACAAGCUGAAACUGACCAACAACAUCUCGGACAAACACGGAUUCACCAUUUUGAACUCCAUGCAUAAAUACCAGCCGCGGCUGCACGUGGUGAGAGCUGAUGAUCUCCUCAAACUUCCCUACAGUGCGUUCAGGACCUUCGUGUUUCCUGAGACCGAGUUCAUCGCCGUCACUGCUUACCAGAACGACAAGAUAACGCAGCUGAAAAUCGAUAACAAUCCGUUCGCAAAGGGAUUCCGGGACACGGGGAACGGGAGGAGGGAGAAAAGAAAACCUGUAAUGCUGCAGUUCAAGGCCAGAGACGUGGAGCAGAAUAAAGACGGCGGAUCCUCAGACGAUUCGUCCUCUGAUCGUCCCGGCCAUUUCCUCCAAGUUCCAACUGUCGCAACGUCCUCACAGAAAGAUGUUUGCGAGAGCGACAGUGGGAGUGACGCAGAAGUGGAGAGCUCGAUCCAUCAGACCAAACUGGACUCCAGAGAAAUCUCCACCAGCAGCCACGAGCUGAAAGACACGCGGCUGGUCAGAGGCAGCGAGAAGCGUGUGUUAGACCUGAACGCUGUCCCUCUGCACGCUGGACACUUCACACGGACUCUGGACGAGUGUUUCCUUCAUCGCUGCUGCUUCGCAGGACAGCAGCUUCUCGCCGGCGUGAGAAGAACGUCACGCUUUCUGCCAAACCAAAACUGUGUAAACUUCUGGACGGCUGGUGCUCCAGCUGCUGGAGAAAGCAUCAGGGGCUACAGCUACGGCGCCAUGGAAACUUCACACCGGGGCAUUGUGGGAAAUUUCCCACUGUGCCUUCAGCAGCCUGAGACGACCUCGCAGGCUCUGAUCAUCUCUCACUGUUACCCGUAUAACUGUAUGCUGGCGGCUCCGUGGACUCAGCGAAUGGCCGCUCCUGCUGUGAGCCACCGGCCUCGCUGUGCACCGUACCCUCUCCCCCACGCCUCACACACACACCUGCUGCAGCCCAAACGCCACGCUUCAGCCCGAGCCGAGCCCGACAGCAAAGUCAGCAGGGGUCAGAGGUCACCGGCGCCACCUUCCACCUAAAAAAAACCUUACGCUGAUUUAAACAGAACUGAACAGCAAUAAAAUUUCACACCUGUGACUGAAGCGUGAAUGAAAAAUAAUGAGGUGUAGAAUAUGAGCGGAACUUGAAUCCCUCGAGAACGGCUCUUAAUCCUAAACCGCUCACCUGCAAAGAGGGAAAACAGGGUAAGACAAGCCACUUCUGAUUCAUUUAAUAUUUAUACACUUUUCCUGGACAGGACAGUUCAGUCUGAGCUGAUUGAAAUAAAUGGAUGUAGCUACAGCGCCAUUUUUGCUUUAUGCACUUUACAGAAACAUUUUGGACCAAAAGCCUGAAAAAAAUUGCAGUAAGAAAAUAAACUUCACAUGACAAAGUGGUAGAAAUGAAAAUUGAUUCAGAGUCAGAUUCAACAAUUCAGUUUUAUUUACAAAAUAAAUAAAUAAAAAAACUUAUCCAGAAUUUUAAAAAAGUAUUAGUACUAUUAUUAGUAUGUGUGUUUUGAUUGUCCAAAAUCCAGACUUAUUAGACGUAUAAAAUAUAAAGUUUAAGAAAAAUAUUAAAUAUCCAUUGGAUAUACAUUACUUAUUUUUAAAUUACAUUAGGGGAGAAAAUAAAUAUAUAUAUAUAUAUAUAUAUAUAUACACUAAAUCUAAAAAAAUAAUAAAAUAAGUACAACACAUACAAAAAGAUACACUUGAUGCAUCUUAUGAACUCAUUAUAACACUGGACUUAUAAGAAAAUAUAACAAAAAAAAUAAGAAAAAUCAUAUUUUUGGACUUAAGUGUUCUUUAUUUUAUCACAAAAUCUUAAAUUGAGCCGAAAUGACUAAAACAUUAUUAUGACUAAACAUUAUUAUGACAAUGACUAAAACAAUAAUGAAUUGUGAAUUAUUUGGAGUGGCUUGUCUUACCCUGUUCUCCUCCACACUCUGAUUGUAACUCAUCUAUAAUAAAUUCAGUCUGAAUAAAUGUAAAUGUAAAAAUAUGAUGAUUAGGCUAUUUAUUAUUUACUGUUUGGCAGAUAUGUGUGCAUGAUUAAUAUAUUGUAAGAGAAAGUGAAAGAUAUAUUAAAUGGAUUUGUUGCCAAAUAAAGUGUAUGGCUUUGUAUACAGGACUCUGUGUGCAUGAUUCUGUUA